GGGGGAGGAAGAGGGGGAGGAGGAAGGGCUGAGAGUGGGCGUGGCUAGAAAAAAGGACGAAGCGAGAUGAAAUGCGCGUGCGCGGCGGUUUUGAGGAUAAGGACCAAAAGUGGGCGUGGCUAGAUAGAUGGGGAAAGCGAGGGAGAGAGAAGCUUGUGUAUUCGUGACAGUUGAAGGAGGAAUGGGAGUGGGCGUGGUUUAGGGACAGUUGAGAGGGGGACAGAGAGUGGGCGUGGCUUAAGUAUAGUUGCCGACAGUACUGAGUGGGCGUGGCUUGAGUCCAGUCGAGAGAACGAGAGUGGGCGUGGCUUAGGGACAGCUGAAACAACGAGAGUGGGCGUGGUUUAGAUGCAGUUGAGGGAGGGUCGAAAGUGGGCGUGGCUUGGAUAUAUCUGAGGCGUGAUUGAGAGUGGGCGUGGUUUAGGGACAGUUGAGCGUACUGAGAGUGGGCGUGGCUUAAGGACAAUUAGGGAAGAAUGAGAGGACGUGAUUUAGGGACAGUUGAGGGAGAAAUGGGAGAGGGCGUGGCUUGGAUCCAGUUGGAGGGCUGAGAGUGGGUGUGGUUUAGGGACAUUUGAGGAACGAGAGUGGGCGUGGCUAAGGGACAAUUGAGGGAGGACAGAGUGAGCGUGGCUUAGUGACAAUCGAGAGUGCUGAUAGUGGGCGUGGCUUAGGGACAGUUGAGAGAAGACUGAGAGUGGGCGUGACAGGGACAGCCGAGAGGACCGAAAGGGGGCGUGGCUUAGUUACAGUCGAGUGAGAAUUGAGUGGGCGUGGCGUAGAAGGAAAGAAAAAGCGGGAAGUGCGCGUGCGCGGGAGGGAAAAGCCUGAGGACUGAAAGUGACCGUUGAGCGGGCUGUGAGUGGGCGUGGCUUAGUGACCGUUGAGAGGGCUGAGAGUGGGCGUGGCUUAGCGAAGCUGAGGGAAGACAGCGAGGGCGCGGCUUAGGGAACCGUCGAGGCAGGACUGAGAGUGGGCGUGGGGUAGAAAGAAUCGGGGGAAAAGAAUAAGGAUUAAGAAUGGACAUGGCUAGAUAAAGGAGGGGGGAAAAGAAAGGGAAGGAGAAUUAUUAGUAUUAGCAGUGGCAGUUGAGGGAGGAGGGGAGUGGGCGUGGCUUAGGGCCAGUCGAGGCAGGGUUGAGAGUGGGCGUGGCUUAGGGACGGAGGAGAAAAAAAAAAGCGAGGAGGGGAGUGCGCGUGCGCGGUGCUCGUGAGGCGAAAGAAGGCAGGGAAGAAGGAGUGACCGAUCGGAGUGGGAGGGGCCGGCUUGCUUUGCCUGCCUGCCAGCCAGCAGCAUGGCGGCUGGGCACGAGCCGCCGCCGCUGCCGCCUCCUCCUCCUCUUCUUCUUCUUUUUCCUUCUGCUUUCCCUUCCCUCCUCCUCCUCCUUCUUCCUGGAGGCCUGGCCUCUUCCACCGGAGCCCUGAGGCCCUUGCUCGGCCUCUUCCUUGGAACCCUUCUUCCCUACUGAGAGGAAAGGAGAGAGGAGGCAGCCUGACAGAGAAAGCGAGAAGAGAAAGGGAGGAGGAGGAGGAGGUCGCCGGGCCCGGUCCCUCGCCCUCGCCGCCCGGCUAUGGAGCUGGCCAAGCCGGUCUUCCCCGCGCUGCCGCAGCCGAAAGAAGACUCCGAGGACUGGACAUAUCCAAUGAGAAGAGAGAUGCAGGAGAUUUUACCUGGGUUGUUCCUGGGCCCGUAUUCUUCAGCUAUGAAAAGCAAGCUACCUAUACUUCAGAAGCAUGGAAUCACUCAUGUAAUAUGCAUAAGGCAGAAUAUUGAAGCAAACUUUAUAAAACCAAACUUUCAACAGUUAUUUAGGUAUUUAGUCUUGGAUAUUGCAGAUAAUCCCAUUGAAAACAUAAUAAGGUUUUUCCCUACGACUAAGGAGUUUAUUGAUGAAAGCUUACAAACUGGAGGGAAAGUUCUUGUCCAUGGGAACGCAGGGAUUUCCAGAAGUGCUGCCUUAGUUAUUGCAUACAUAAUGGAAACAUUUGGAGUGAAGUACAGGGAUGCAUUUACAUAUGUGCAAGAAAGAAGGUUUUGUAUAAAUCCCAAUGCUGGAUUUGUUCAUCAACUUCAGGAAUACGAAGCCAUCUAUCUUGCAAAGUUAACUAUCCAAAUGAUGUCCCCUCGACAGCUGGAACGGUCACUGUCUGUUAGUACAGGAAGCCUGAAACGUACUCAUGAAGAAGAUGAAGAAAUCGCCAAUAUGCAAGCAGCAGCUCAGAACGGUUGAUGCCAAGGGCCCCUCGGACUUGCUUUUGGGGACUUUCUUCUUGUGGCAGCUGCUAAUCUUACCAGGAUGAACAACCACCGGAUGUAAUUUUUAAAAAAUGGGAGACGAGUCCACCUUCCUUAUGCAAACCUGCUCCUCCAGUAGCACACCAAGCAACAUUGUAAAGGUAUUGGAUCCCUCGGCUGACUAGAUGGCACUGAUUGUUUUACUCCUCCUGGUCUUUUUUUUUUUUUACACUUUAUAGUUUUACCCUAAACCAAGACUUUGGACUUGCAAAGAGGUAUUAUUGCAAUAAUGCACUUUUCAUACUUGAAAAUUUCUUUAUUUGUAUUGCUAAAGUUAUUACUUAAGCAAAAAUGCAAGUGGGGAUGAUUUGUUUAUAAAGUUUUGUGUAAUUUAUAACAAGAGUAUUUAGUAAAAAAAAAGAAAGAAAAAAGAAACAAAUUCCUAAAAUUCA